AUUAAAAAUUUUCCUUGUCUCGUUUUGACAAAUAAAUUUAAAAAGAAAGAAAGAAAGGAUCGUUAGAGAAGGGAAAAUUGUCGGUCAACAUUAAGGACGAGCGAAACAUCGAGUUGGCCGAUCUCUUCUGGUACAAAAUCGGGGAACAAAGAUGGGCGCGCAACUGGCUGAUUACAUAAUCGGAGAAAGUGGUUGCGAAACUAGUCGCUCACCACAUGUUGCUAUCACGGAACACGUAACACUUCGCUGGUAUUCGUGGAUAUAGUUGGCCGGGCAUUAUAUCAUAAAGAGACGAAAUUGUUAUGUCAUGAAAUCAACGUUAACGUUACUAUUGACCAAAUCCUUACGAAAUUACGGGAGAGAAUGCAUAAGAGAUCUCGCGUUACGCGAUCGAAAAGAAAAGUCUCGAGAAGGAAGAUCGAUCGAUAAGAUACUUUGAUUAUCGAUUAAUAAUUUAAAAAAAAACGGCUUGAAAAAUUGACGAGAUGGGAACGGCGGUCGAAUGGGUAACGGCGGAGGACGCGUACGAGUGUACCCUCUCGAAGGAGACGCAGCAAAUCUCGAAGGAGGAGCUGAGAGAGGAUAAGAACACCAGGGACCAAGCCCUCGAGCAAAUACGUAACUGGAUAAAAUUGAAUCCGCGUAUUCAGAAUUGCCGUCUUGACGCGCGAUUUUUGUUAAGAUUCCUAAGAUGCAAGAAAUUCAACGUCCCAAUGGCGGAGGAAGCGAUCGAGAGAUACUUGCUGCUGCGCCAGGUCUACCAUCCAGCCUUCAACAAUUUGGAUAUAACAGAACCAACGAUGGAGGAGCUGUUGUCUUUGGGAUAUCUAUUCGCUGCACCCGGACGUGAUUCCAAAGGCCGUCGUGUUAUAAUCGCCAGACCGGGUGUCUUUGAUCCGCACAAGUACACGAACGCCGAUAUGUGUAGAAUUCACGCGAUCACUUACGAGUGUUUGAUGGAAGACGAGGAAAGUCAAGUGCGAGGCUUCGUCCAUUUUGCCGAUGGUGCAGGUGUCAGCUUCCCGCAUUUGACCCUCUUCACGCCCAAGGAGGCUGUUCGUAUCGUGAAAAACGGGGAGCGAACGAUACCAAUGCGACACAAGGAAGUGCACGCGAUCAACACGCAUCCAUCUUUGAAGUUUGCCCUCGAUUUUGGCAUGUCGCUCAUCUCCGAAAAAAUAAAGAAACGUGUGAAAAUUUACACAAGCCUGGAAGAGGCGAUCAAUCACAAGAUGGACACGAGUUUAUUGCCCAAAGAGUACGGUGGUACAAUGCCUAUGAAAGAAAUGAUUGAAUUGUGGAAGAAGGAAUUGCUCGAUAUGACGCCGACAUUGUUGAGCCACGAUAAAAUGCGGGUGAAUUUGGAAUUGUACUCGGAGAAAGCCCGAGAAGGGGCGGUCUCAGCUUUGAAACAGGGCUUCGGAUGUUCCGAUAUUGGGCCCAACGAUUCGACCAUGUACGGGAUCACAGGCUCUUUCAGGAAGCUCGAGGUCGACUGAGACGCAUUAUUCGCGUUACACAUGUAUCAAUCAAAGUAUUCUAUCCUUGUAAGCUUGCUCUAUCUAUCUAUUGGAACAAUGUUAUCAACUCUUUUUUACAAGCGUAGCCAUUAAACGCGAAAUCUCGUUAAGAUAUUACUCGUGGACAUAAAAAAAAAAAAAAGAAAAAGAAAAAAAGGCAGUGAAAUUUCGAUCUCGUUAAUGCAAUGCAAUUUUGCGGCCGAUAAAUUUCUUUUAAACCGAUAAUUGUUUAAGCGUAAAAUUGUAAUGGAUUGACUUAGGUUUAAUUAUUAUAAGUUACGUAUGUCUCAUUGCAUUUCUAGUUAUUUGUAAAUAAUAACAUUUGGAAAUAAAUAUAUUUUCUUACGCUAAA